UCCCCGGGGUUCUCCAUGGCCCCCAGCACAGUGGCACAGCCAUUGGGGGGUUCUGCCUGUCCUCAGUCCCCACCAGCUCCUGGGUCACCAGGGCAGGGCUGGGGGGCUGCGGCAGGCGAGGUAACGGGGCUGCCCCUCUCCCUCUGCUCUUCCCACAGGCUGCUGAGCAACAACAAGAUCACGGUGCUGGAGAACGGCUCUUUCUUCGGGCUGCGGGCUCUGGAGAAGCUGGACCUGAAGAACAACCUGAUCAGCACGGUCCAGCCGGGCGCCUUCCUCGGCCUCCCCGACCUGAAGCGGCUGGACCUCUCCAACAACCGCAUCGGCUGCCUGAGUGCCAGCGUCUUCCAGGGGCUCCCCAACCUCCUCCGACUGAACAUGUCCGGAAACAUCUUCUCCAGCCUCCCGCCCGGUGUUUUUGAUGAGCUCCCCUCCCUGAAAGUCGUGGACUUUGCCACCGAGUACCUGACGUGCGACUGCAACCUGCGCUGGGUGCUGCGCUGGGCCCGCGAGCGGCCGGCGCAGAUCGCGGAGCGGACGGCGUGCGCGUUCCCGCGGCAGCUGCGCGGGAUCGCCCUGCGAGCGGCGCGGGACGGGCAGCUGCGCUGCGCGGGAGCCCCGGAGCUGCACACACACCACCUCAUCCCGUCGCUGCGCCAGGUGGUUUUCCAGGGCGACCGGCUGCCCUUCCAGUGCACGGCCACCUACCUGGACAACAGCACCCAGAUCCGGUGGUUCCACAACCGCGAACCCGUGCAGGAGGAUGAGCAGACGGGCGUCAUCGUGGAGGAGAGUCUGAUCCAUGACUGCACCUUCAUCACCAGCGAGCUCAUCCUCUCCAACAUCCACGUCUCCGCCAACGGCGAGUGGGAAUGCGCCGUCUCCACCUCCCAGGGCAACGUCAGCAAGAAGGUGGAGAUCGUGGUGCUGGAGACCUCUGCAUCCUACUGCCCAGCCGAGCGGGUCACCAACAACCGCGGGGACUUCAGGUGGCCCCGCACCCUGGCAGGGAUCACGGCCUUCCAGCCCUGCCUGCAGCACCCGUUCGCAGCGGUGCCGGCGGGCGCGGGCGCGGGCGCGGCGGGGGAGAAGCAGGCGUGGCGGCGCUGCGACCGCGCCGGGCGCUGGGAGGACGGCGACUACUCUCACUGCCUCUACACCAACGACAUCACCCGCGUGCUCUACACCUUCGUGCUGAUGCCCAUCAACGCCUCCAACGCCCUGACCCUGGCUCACCAGCUCCGCGUCUACACGGCCGAGGCAGCCAACUUCUCGGACAUGGUUGAUGUUCUCUAUGUGGCCCAGAUGAUAGAGAAGUUUAUUGGCUACGUGGACCAGAUCAAGCAGCUGACAGAUGUGAUCGUGGAGAUGGCCAGCAACAUCAUGCUGGUGGACGACCACAUCCUGUGGAUGUCCCAGAAGGAGGAGAAGGCCUGCACCAGCAUCGUGCGCUCCCUGGAGAGGAUCGCAGCCCACACGCUGGGCAGCAACUCCCAGCACAUGGCAGUGAACUCUCGUAACAUCGCCUUCGAGGCGUACGUGGUGAAGCCCGAGAGCUACGUGGGGCUGAGCUGUGUGGCGUUCCAGCGCUGGGAUGGGACCCCCCCGGGCCGUGCCCCCCCGGCCGAGCGGGGGGCUGAGCCCACGCCCGACCAGCAGCUGCGGCUGCGCUGCACCACGGGGCGGCCCAACAUCUCCCUGAGCAGCUUCCACAUCAAGAACAGCAUCGCCCUGGCCUCCAUCCAGCUGCCCCCCAGCCUGUUCGGCAGCCCCAGCCCCGCCCCAGUCACGCCCGGGGCUGACUGCAAGCUCCAGCUGCUGGUGUUCCGCAACGGGAAACUCUUCUGCAGCACCGGGAACUCCUCCCGCCUGGCCGACGAUGGCAAGCGCCGCAGCGUGGCCACCCCGGUCAUCUACGCCGGGACCUAUGGCUGUGGAGUGGGGAACCUGUCAGAGCCGGUGGCCGUGUCCCUGCGACACCCCGGGGAGGGCACGGACCCCGUGGCUGCCUACUGGAACUUCGAGGUGCUGGGGGGCAUGGGGGGCUGGAGCGCCGAGGGGUGCCAGCUGGCUGCCCGUGAGCCCAAUGUCACCUCCCUGCACUGCCGGCACCUCAGCAACGUGGCCGUGCUCAUGGAGCUCAGCGGGUUCCCCAGCGAGGCACAAGGCGCUGUGGAGGUGCUGCACCCGGCCAUGUACACCUGCACGGCCGUGCUGCUGCUCUGCCUCUUUACCACCAUCAUCACCUACAUCGUCCACCACGGCACCAUCCUCAUCCCGCAGAAGGGCUGGCACAUGCUGCUUAACCUCUGCUUCCACAUCGCCAUGACGGCCGCCGUGUUCGCGGGAGGCAUCACCCUCACCGGCUACCGGGCCGUGUGCCAGGCCGUCGGCAUCAUCUUGCACUACUCCUCCCUCUCCACGCUGCUCUGGAUGGCGGUGAAAGCACGAGUGCUCUACAAGGAGGUGACCUGGAAGGAGCCACAGCAGCCGGACAGGGACACGUCCCAGGCAGCCCCCAGACCCAUGCUGCGGUUCUACCUGAUCGCCGGCGGCAUCCCCCUCAUCAUCUGUGGGAUCACAGCAGCUGUCAACAUCCAAAACUACCACGACAACAACCCCUACUGCUGGCUGGUGUGGCGGCCCAGCCUGGGCGCUUUCUACGUCCCCGUGGCUUUCAUCCUGCUCGUCACCUGGAUUUAUUUCCUCUGUGCCGGGCUCAGCCUCCAGUGCCGACCCCAGCAGCAGAAAGCCAUCCCGGAGCCGCUGGAGCCGCCGCCACGGCUGGGGGGGACCAGUGACCUCCUGACGGACUCUGGCUCCAUCUCGGUGACGCUGAACUCGGGGCCGCCGUGCCCCGACGGGGACGGUGUCUACUCCCUGCGGGUGCAGUUCUGGGCGCUGGUGGCCACCCACGCCCUGUACGUGGCCCUGUGGACGUUCGGCGCCAUGGCCGUGUCCCAGCGCUGGUACCUGAACAUCGUCUUCAGCUGCCUCUACGGCGUCACCGCCGUGGCGCUGGGGCUCUUCAUCUUCGCCCACCACUGCCUGCGGCGCCGGGACGUGCUCAGCUCCUGGUUCUCCUGCUGCCCGUCGUACCGGAGCGCGCUGCCCAUGCAGGCCUACGUGCACCCCGGGCUGGGGCCAGAGGACGGCUCGCAGGUUUUCAUCGGCUGCGAGCCAGAGGCCGCUCGCUCCGGCGCCUCCUCCUCCUCCUCGCCCAGCAGCGCCGGCUCUGCCGGGGGCCGCUGCAAGCUCACCAACCUGCAGCUAGCCCAGAGCCAGGUGGAGACGCGGCCGGCGCCCUGCCCGGAGCCGGACGCUGCCGACGGGAAGCCCGUCAGGCACAGCAGCACCAGCAACCUGCACGGCCGCAGGAGCCACCGCGGCAGAACUAAGCCGUGCCGCGACGGGAAGCACCACCGCUUGAAAAUGCUGCGGGGCCCCUCGGAGCAGCCGUCCAGCGAGAGCGGGAGCCUCCACAACAGCCACUCCGAGAGCUUCCCCAGCGGCAGGACCAGCCCGGCCAGCGGCGGCCGCGCGGCGCCGCGGGAUGGGGACGCGGGGCCCAGCCCCUCGGAGGGCAGCGACGGCGCCCGGAGGGGGCCCGACCUGGCCGAGGCUCGCCGGAGGAGCGGCAGCCGGGACAACCUGCGGCCGGGCGGCAGCGCCGAGAGGGAGGCGAAGCGCCGCUCCUACCCGCUCAACGUGGGCAGCCACAACGGCGGCCUCAAGGGCAGCAAGUACGACAUCAACCUGGCCAGCCCCGACAGCGUGGCCGGCAUGAAGACCGGCCUGUGGAAGAGCGAAACCACCGUGUGAAGGUGGGCGAGGACCAAGGGCCGCAGCGUUUACCUGCGGAGCUGCUCGGGGCAGGGCGGGGCCAGCGCUGCGGGCAUCACCAGUGCACUAGCGGGGAUGGGCGGCACGGUCGGGGGCUCCGGCUGCCCCGGGCACAGCACGAUCCGCCAUCCCGGGCACACCCACCUCCCCGAGGAGGCUCCGAGCUUCCCGCCGCAGUGCCGGGAUCGCAGCCGUGCUUUAAUCCCUCCUGCAUGUCACUUGAGAUUGAUCCUAAAUGCUAUUUUAUAUUAUACAGAGGAAAUGUCUAUUUUUCAAAGCUAUAUUAUUGAAUGUAUAUAUGUAUAGACAGAGCCGUAGGUGACGCGAGGGUCCCGAUCCUGCCCGCUCGUGCCACGACUGCAAUGUCCCCGCUGAGGGACCACUCCAAGUGCCCUUCACGUCCAGGCACCGCGGCCCCGGGCUGAGCACUCUGCUUCUGGAGAGCAGCUGCUCUCUCUGGAACGUUCAGGCUGAGCACUUUGCCUCUGGAGAGCAGCUGCUCUCUCUGGAACGUUCAGGCUGAGCACUCUGCUUCUGGAGAGCAGCUGCUCUCUCUGGAACGUUCAGGCUGAGCACUCUGCUUCUGGAGAGCAGCUGCUCUCUCUGGAACGUUCAGGCUGAGCACUCUGCCUCGGAGAGCAGCUGCUCCCUCUGCAGCGUUCAGGCUGAGCACUCUGCUUCUGGAGAGCAGCUGCUCUCUCUGGAACGUUCAGGCUGAGCACUCUGCUUCUGGAGAGCAGCUGCUCCCUCUGCAGCGUUCAGGCUGAGCACUCUGCCUCGGAGAGCAGCUGCUCUCUCUGGAAAGUUCCUACCUGCCUGUCAGCCCCGGGGGCUGCGUGGUGCCAAAGCCAUAUUGCAAAGCCAAGCACAAGGUAAGAGGAGCCUCAGCUCCAAGGUGAGGUGAUUGUCUGCACUGCUUUGAUGCCAGACACUAAAGUAACGGCCAGAAUAGGCUCCAGACACUAAAAUCACAGCCAGAAAAUGCUCCCAGGCCCUCAAAGGCUCAAGCCAUGCCAUGGGGUGGGCUGGCAGACCUGUGCUGCUGCCGGAGCCAGGACUGACCCUCUGUGCCAAAGCACCAAAGAACCAAAAUGUGGGAGAGGCCCAGAGCAGCUCUGUGUCCUUAAUCCAGGUGCUUAAGCUCAGAAAAUAUCUAGGUUUGCUCUUAGGAAGGCAGAGACCAUUCUGGGGAGCAGGGACCAUUCCUGGGAAUGCAAGAGAAUGAUGCCAAGGAAUUAGGGACCUUCCUCAGACAACGGGCUGGAACCUGGACAAGCACUUAUUGUUCCCAUUGAAAAACAAGCUUCCCCUUUUUCCCAGCACACAGGUAAAACAGCCAGGCUGCAGCAAAGCAGAGGAGGAAGGUGGGAGUCUGGUGCCUCCUCUGCCCUUUCCAGCCUCCCCUGCCUCAGUUUCCCCCACCUGCAAAUGAGUUUAAUAACACAGCUACCUCCGAGGCGUCGUGGGGCUGGCAGGGCCACGAGCCAGGGGAGAUAAAAGCACUUAGUGGGGAUUGGUCUCACCCCACAGGGCUGGGGAACCCCUGGGCUUAACCUGCCACUCCCUGCCUGCCUCGGCUUCUCUGCCCAGUCAAAUGUUUAAAUAUUUCAUUGUCCCUGGUAUUUAACACAGUUUAAACCCUUCCUGCAGCUCCUGCAGCCUCCCCAGCCUGGCUGAUGCCCCGUGGUUCUAUUGCUUGCUGCAUUGUGACAGUAUUAGAGAAAAAGCUUUGUAUUCUUAAUUACACUUUGUUUUGUCUGUUUACAAGCGAAUGACAUAUCAACAGAGCUUCCUGAAAUAUCCGGGGGGAGGGGAGGGAAAUAUGCCAAAGAAAUGUCUUUAAAGGGGUCUUUUUGCAUUUUUAUAUGAAUAGAAUGUUUCUAGCAGAUAUGUUUUGUUUAAUAUAUUAAAGAUAUGCCAAUCUGCCAAGA